UUUUUUAAAGUUUAAUCUACAUUUUCCAUUUUACUAUGACCUCGGAUUAGUUCACAAGAAAGUUAGCCAUCAUGGAUUUGGAAGAUUACUCUUCAGUUCUUGAGGAAACUGAACAGGUUAUGCGAGAAUGCUUUACUAAAUUUCAAAUAGACGAAGUUUUUCUAUCAUUCAACGGCGGAAAGGAUUGCACUGUUCUAUUAGACGUUACAAUAAAUAUAUUAAAGGAUUUAUACAAAAGAGAUGAUGUAGCAGAAGAUCUGAAAAUAUUAUACAUAAGAACCGUAGGACCGUUUAGAGAAAUAGAAAAUUUUGUGAAUGAAAUAGAACAACAUUACGGCGUUCAAUUAAUAGUUACCGAAGGGGAAAUGAAGAUCACGUUACAAAGGAUAUUAGAACAAGAUAGCAAACUAAAGGCGUGUUUAAUGGGCACAAGGCGAACUGAUCCGUAUAGCGAAGAUUUGAAAUUCAUGCAGAAAACAGAUGCCGGUUGGCCACAGAUGAUACGAGUGUCGCCAUUGUUGAAUUGGAGCUACCACCAGAUAUGGAGUUACAUCUUACAAAGACAAGUGCCUUAUUGUAGUCUAUAUGAUCGAGGGUAUACUUCAAUUGGUAGCAUACACAACACUUGGCCCAACCCUUCCCUUGCCUACAAAGAUGAAUACGGUCAAAUAGCCUAUAGGCCAGCUUGGUUACUAAAAGAUCCCACUGAAGAAAGAUCAGGACGAGGCACAAACAAACAUAAUAAAGGACAAGUGUUAACAGUACAAAAUUUAGAUAACGGCAAUUGUAUAGGUGAAAUUAAGUCAAAUAUAUUAUGAUUUGA